UUCAUUGAUCGGUUUUUCAUAAAACAAAAUUUAAUUCCUUGUCACCGUGACGUAUUGCGGUAUAAGAUCCGCUGUUAAAACUAAAUUUACAGACGAAAUCUUCAUCGGGUGGAAAUUUAAAACAUGGAUUAGAAGACCUGAAAGUGUUAAGAAGUCUUAUGAAGUGCAAUAAAACCUCUGCCCAAAAAUGUGUUCAUAAGUCUAUUAUUACUUAUGCGCUUGACUCUCACAAAUACAGGAUUAAUCACUUAUGAUUAGGUGUAUUGGGGAGAUUAGAAGUAAAUUCUAGUUGGAGAAAUAUUCAUAUUCACGACUUUUACUUCGGAGAAGAAAAUAUAAGGAGAAAUUAACAUAUGGAUGUAAUUUACGAACAUCAGGAUUGAAAUUAACAUUCUAUUACAUCGAAACUGAAAAUGGAUGAAAGAUACAGACACAUCAUACAACUUCAUAGGUCGUUUCUUACCAAGAACAUCAUAUGGACGGACAAUUUAUUAGAGUCCCUAAGAAACGAAGGAUUGGUGCCAGAUUCUGUAUAUAGAGCAAUACAGACCGAUCCACAGACAUUUUUUGCAUCAUUUCAGGAGGCCACAACUCGUGAUCAGAAGGUUGGAUGCGUUCUGGAUAUUCUUCCUAUCAGAGGAGUUUCCGAUUCUUACGGGAAAUUCUGUGACGUCCUCCAAAAAUGUGGACACAACUUUUUAGCAGACUUUCUACGAGAUGAAGGGACUUUGGAUGUUGACGAGGAUGAGAUAGAUGAACGAGAGCUCACUUUAGAGCAAAAAAUUGACAAAAUGGUCAAGGAUCGUGAAAAGAGACAAAAUCAAGAUGUUCUGGCAACAAAAUUUGAUACAAAAGAAAUGUACAGAAGAUUGCCUUUCCUCGAUCGCUUACGAAGUCAUGAGAGAGAUGGAGUAGAAAAGUUCUUUGUCGAUAAGCUAAGAACGGAAGCACUAAAAAUGGUUUGGAAAGAUGACGUUAGAGACAAAGAAAAGGCAGUAGAAGCUCGUCGUAAAUUGAUAGAGCAAAAUGACCAGCAUCGAACGGAGGCUGAAAAAUGGCAUACAGUAUUACAAAACAUGAAAGCAAAACUCGAAGAUAGCAAAAUGGAAAUCAAUGGGCUUAACGCUCAAGUGAAAAGCUUAGAAAAUAAUUUAAAAGAGGUAUCUUCCAAGCAUAAGGGUGAUGUAAGCUCACAGCUUCGAUUCAACCAAGCCAAUGAAAAUCAGUUACAAAAAGCUAAAGAAAAGCUCAAUAAUGCGGAAGCAACUUUGAGAAAUAUAAAGGGAAAGCUAAGCGACGCCCUUCAGAGUCGUCCAAAAAGGUUAACACAGAAACAGGAAGUGGAGUUACAUAUAGAUGAAUUUGCAUUUCUUAGUGAAGAUGUGGAUAGAUUGUUAGAGAAGCAUGAAGAACUGAAGAAUAUUGGCAUGAAAUAUUUUGACCUCUGCGAGCAACGAGAUUUUUGUUUGACACAUAUGGGGUUUGAGACAGGUAUGGGUGCCCCUUCUCUGAUGGACGCUUAUAGAGAAUAUGCAGUGAGAACAGACGAAACAAUGACAGAACUGAAAGAGAAAAUUCAAGAAUACGAUGAAAUUGUAGAAAGCUCAAAGAAAAAAGCCCAAGAAGACGAAAAGAAGAAAAAUGCUUUCCAGAUGGGAGCAACGGUAUGGCAAUCUGCCAUAAUGAAUGUCAUGCGAAACCAACUACAGGAUGUAAAACUUGAAAACCGAAAGAAGGAUACUCGCAUACAGCUUCUAGAAUCUGAGGGUACAAAAUCCAAAAACAGAAUCACUGAAUUGGAACAAGAACUGAAAAGGCUGAAAAACUCAAAAUCAAGAUCCUCCAGAGAAUUGAUCAGUGUGGAAAAUCUUAAUGGAGCUGUGUCGUCCGUAAGCACUGACAGGAGCGAUCGUUUACAAGAUUUUGAGGAAGAUACCAAGAGAAGAAAGAGUAAGGAAAAUAUAUUACCACAGAUACAUAAGCAGACAUUCCCUCCAACACAGUACACAGUUCAGGUGAGUACCACGACGAGAAAGUCAAUCGACGCCCCACGACAAUUGGGAAUGCCCACAAACAAAUUUGCUGCUCUACCCGAUGGACUUACAACAGCCCCAGUUCGUCUGGAGACCAAAAACCAGUACAACAAAUAUUUAGCAAAAAGUGUUCCAGGCCUUGGAGAUCUGAAGGCUAUGAAUGCAAGAAAUAAGUUUGAAAAAUCACUAAAUCCUACAAAAGUUAGGAAUUAGAAACGGUUGACUGGAAACUGUAAUGGUGGAAGUGAAGGAAAGUAAAUCCAUUCGAUGUUCCUAAUUUUCAUUGUGCCAAUAUUCAGUAUUACAUGAACAUAUAUACUUAUAUUCCGAAGACGGUCCACCAUGAGGAGUAAUAAUGAUAUAAAUUCCUCAUUCCUAAAAACAACGUGCUUUGUUUUUAUCUUUCGUUAUUAUUUACUUUCGUUCGUUCACUUCUUUUUAAAAAUGAAGCACAAUUUGUUAAUGCCAAAUAUGUAAGAGUAUUUGAAACGGGACUUGUAAAUAUUGGCAUUGCUUGUGAUAAA